ACCCAUGAUGCUUCCUCAUACAACAGAGUGUGAUACACACGGAAGACCACAACAGACCAUGUUUUGGAAACCAAGGGCCUGCAGAGUAUGUGUCCCUGGAUAGGACUCACCCUCCCACGGCUCAGGGACUAAUGCAGAAGAGGGGGAAGAUCGUAAGAUCCAAGGGAAAAAGGAAAAGAAGAAAAGAAAAGAAAAAUGCCGUGUUACACAAGUUGUCGCAGGAAUGUGGGAUUUUAUGUGGCUCCAUAUUCCAUGACAUCACUAACUGAGACACUGAAAACAAGACCCCACAAAACUCAGGAAUCAAACCUGCAGCAGAGGUAGAGGAAAGACUGUGUGAGCCAGAGGUACUGGAUGACUACGAGGAAACAGUGUAUCCUGGAUAGCACAGGAAAGGUGCAUACGUGAUCUCAUAGCACUUCUGAAAACAGAGAUAAUAUUUGGCUUAUUGGGUUAAUCACAAGCACCAGUCAUAGGGUUAUGGAAACAUCCCUCACAUAAAGGAACUGAAGUCACUGGUCAGUGGAGGACAGAGGGACAGGACAGCAAGGGAUUCAUAGAGAUAUGCUGUGAAUAUCCUCAUGCUCUGCAAACAAGAUAGGCCUUGAGUGAAAUUUCCCAGAAGAUGGUCCCACAGUUCUCUCUCUGGACGGGCUUUCCCUGUGGGAUUCUCAUCGCCUCUCUCCUGGCAAUCAGCUGUGGCCAGUAUGAUGACGAUUGCAAAUUAGCUAGGGGAGGCCCCCCAGCUACCAUCGUGGCCAUCGAUGAAGAGAGUCGGAAUGGUACAAUUCUGGUGGACAACAUGCUGAUUAAAGGAACCGCAGGAGGACCAGACCCUACCAUAGAGCUCUCUUUGAAGGACAACGUGGACUAUUGGGUGCUGCUGGACCCAGUUAAACAGAUGCUGUUCCUCAACAGUACUGGCAGAGUCCUGGAUAGAGAUCCACCGAUGAACAUACACUCCAUUGUGGUGCAAGUCCAAUGUGUAAACAAGAAGGUGGGCACCGUCAUCUAUCAUGAAGUGCGCAUCGUAGUGCGGGAUAGGAACGACAACUCACCCACGUUCAAGCACGAGAGCUACUAUGCCACAGUGAACGAGCUCACUCCUGUCGGCACCACAAUAUUCACUGGAUUUUCAGGAGAUAAUGGAGCUACUGACAUAGAUGACGGCCCGAAUGGACAGAUAGAAUACGUCAUUCAGUACAACCCCGAGGACCCGACAUCCAAUGACACCUUUGAAAUUCCACUCAUGUUGACUGGAAAUGUUGUGCUACGGAAGAGGCUCAAUUAUGAAGAUAAGACUCGCUACUACAUCAUCAUCCAAGCAAAUGACCGUGCACAAAAUCUGAAUGAGAGAAGAACCACCACCACCACCCUCACGGUGGAUGUCCUGGAUGGAGACGACCUGGGCCCGAUGUUUCUACCUUGUGUUCUUGUGCCAAACACUCGAGAUUGCCGUCCACUCACCUAUCAAGCUGCCAUCCCUGAGAUGAGAACGCCAGAAGAGCUGAACCCCAUUGUGGUGACCCCAGCUAUCCAAGCCAUUGAUCAGGACCGGAACAUCCAACCGCCAUCAGAUCGACCUGGCAUCCUCUACUCCAUCCUUGUCGGGACUCCUGAGGAUCACCCCCGCUUCUUCCACAUGCACCCCAGGACUGCAGAACUCACUCUUCUGGAGCCAGUAAACAGAGACUUCUAUCAGAAGUUUGAUUUGGUUAUUAAGGCUGAGCAGGACAAUGGACACCCACUUCCUGCCUUUGCUAGUCUACACAUUGAAAUACUUGACGAAAACAAUCAGAGCCCCCAUUUCACAAUGCCCAGCUAUCAGGGGUAUAUCCUGGAGUCGGCCCCAGUGGGAGCAACCAUUUCUGACAGCCUAAACUUGACUACUCCUCUAAGAAUUGUAGCUCUGGACAGAGACAUAGAAGACACAAAAGACCCAGAGCUUCAUCUUUUCCUGAACGAUUACACGUCAGUCUUCACCGUCACACCGACUGGUAUCACCCGCUACCUCACCCUCCUCCAGCCUGUGGACAGAGAGGAACAGCAGACAUAUACCUUUUUGAUCACAGCCUUUGAUGGUAUACAAGAAAGUGAACCAGUUGUGGUCAAUAUCCGAGUGAUGGAUGCAAAUGAUAAUACUCCAGCCUUCCCUGAAAUCUCCUAUGAUGUCUUUGUUUACACAGACAUGAGCCCUGGAGACAGUGUCAUACAGUUGACUGCAGUCGAUGCUGAUGAAGGCUCAAAUGGGGAGGUCUCCUACGAAAUCCUUAUGGGGGCCCAGGGAGACUUCGUGAUCAACAGGACCACAGGGCUGGUGAGCAUCGCGCCAGGGGUGGAACUGGUCGUGGGGAGGACGUACGCUCUCACAGUACAGGCCUCAGACAACGCCCCACCUGCGGAGAGAAGGCACUCCAUCUGCACUGUGUAUAUUGAAGUGCUUCCACCCAACAAUCAAAGCCCUCCCCGCUUCCCACAGCUGAUGUACAGCCUCGAAAUCAGCGAAGCCAUGAGGAUUGGUGCUGUUUUACUAAAUCUACAGGCAAUUGACCGAGAGGGAGACCCAAUAACAUACGCCAUUGUGAAUGGAGACCCUCAGCGAGUUUUCAAUCUUUCAGAAACUACUGGAAUUCUAACCCUAGGGAAAGCACUGGACAGGGAGAGCACAGACCGCUACAUCCUCAUCGUCACAGCCUCGGAUGGCAGGCCAGAUGGGACCUCGACUGCCACAGUGAAUGUGGUGGUGACAGAUGUCAAUGACAAUGCUCCCGUGUUCGAUCCCUAUCUUCCAAGGAACCUGUCUGUGGUGGAGGAAGAGGCCAACGCCUUUGUGGGUCAAGUGAGGGCAACAGACCCUGAUGCUGGAAUAAACGGGCAAGUGCACUACAGUCUGGGGAACUUCAACAGCCUGUUCCGAAUCACAUCCAAUGGAAGCAUUUACACAGCCGUGAAGCUGAACAGGGAAGUCAAGGACCACUAUGAACUGGUUGUCGUGGCAACGGAUGGAGCUGUGCACCCUCGACACUCAACUCUGACACUAUACAUCAAGGUUUUGGACAUUGAUGAUAACAGUCCUGUUUUUACCAAUUCAACAUAUACUGUCAUUGUUGAAGAGAAUCUGCCAGCUGGGACCACUUUUCUUCAGAUAGAGGCCAAAGAUGUUGACCUUGGAGCAAAUGUGUCAUAUCGGAUAAGAAGCCCUGAAGUAAAGCAUUUUUUUGUACUACAUCCAUUUACGGGAGAACUGUCCCUUCUAAGGAGUUUGGAUUAUGAGGCAUUUCCAGACCAGGAGGCAAGCAUCACUUUCCUGGUAGAAGCCUUUGAUAUUUAUGGAACAAUGCCACCAGGCAUUGCAACUGUCACAGUGAUUGUGAAGGAUAUGAAUGACUACCCGCCAGUGUUCAGCAAACACAUCUACAAGGGGAUGGUGGCUCCAGAUGCAGUCAAGGGUACACCCAUCACCACCGUUUAUGCUGAAGAUGCAGACCCUCCUAGACUGAUUGCACCUUUUCCAAGACAUCCUGUUUAAUGGGAUGAAGUAAAAACCACCAUUUUACAACAUAAAGUAACCAGAACAAAACCCUUUGAAGUAUCAAAUGUAGAUGAAUGAAGUCUGAAUGCGCAAGAGAACAUAGUUUCUGAGUAUAAAUUUAAAAUUAUAAAAUGUAUGUUGUGCAGAAUGAAGGCGGUCUGGAGGGAUAGCAAUCUUCUGGGAAUCCAAAACUCUGGGCUUUUCUCUUCCACUUUGCACUUGUGAUACGGCUGGCGUUAUGUGUUCUCACAGAAGUGAGGGGAUGAUGGACUGCUGGGUAUGCACACUGCUGGCCCUUCUGCUUACCAGCUCAUCACUUCAGACUUUCAAAAACCAAAACUGCAAGUGUGAUUUUAAUGUGCAUAUCCUGGUUCUUUCUGAGCUACAAGUUAAACUCUGUCCCAUAAAAGUUCUGUUUGUGGGCAGUUAAAUGCUUGUUAGAAGUAUCCUCUUUCAACAGAUAGCCAAGGAAUAAUUGUGUUAAAUUAGUGAAGUUCACUGUUUACUUGUUUCUAAGAAGUGCAGCUGAGGAACCCAUAAGGCUCAUCGUCUCUGCUUCUCUCCUUCCCUGUACUUUAGGAAUCAAUAAGAUUCUUGUUAUGUAAGGUAUUAAUUAGAAAAUGUUUAAUAUUAGCAACUGGUAAACUUAUUUUCAAAUAAAUAUACGAUAAAGAAUUAUGUCACUAUUUAAGACUUCAUUCCAGGCUUUGUUAUUGAUUGAUGAAA